GGCGUGAUGACGGGCGGGCUUUGAAUUUUCGGUUAUGAAUGAUAAGUGUUGUGUUUGUAGUCUGAAGUUCCAAAGCCUUUCGAAUGCGUUAGUGUUUUGUAGCAACUGCAGUAUAGCCGUACAUCAGGGGUGCUAUGGGGGUCCAAAAGUGGCGGGCGUCAGCAACUGGUUUUGCAGAAAAUGCGAGUCCCAAGUGCGCGUGAGCAAGAUUCGUUGUGAUUUAUGCCCAAUUAAAGAUGGUGCAUUUAAGCGGAGCAAUGGUGUCAGAUGUGGUGAGUUGAUUCUAUACAAAUGAUCUAUUCUAGGGCAGGUUGGGCACAUAUUGUCUGUGCAAUCUAUGUACCUGAAGUCUAUUUCACUGAUUUUAGCAUCAUGGAGCUCAUUUCGGUGGAGAAUGUUCCAGCUGAGAGGUUCGGCCGGUCCUGCGUAUUUUGUGAACGUAAUCAACGAAAUUCCUUAGCAACCUGUGGAGCUUGUAUUCAGUGUGCUUGGAAGAAUUGUCGUGUAUACUUUCAUGCCUCUUGCGCUGGUCUGGAGGGUUUGCUUAGUGAAUUGCCUGCAACAGAAGCAAGCGGGUCUUUGUCAAUUGCUGACAUUUUAUUUGGCGCCACCGGUAAAAACAAAGUUUCCCUGCAAUCUUCAAAUGAUAUCACUGAAUCAUGUAAGGAUAUGAAUCAGAUAUUUGAGCAGGAAUCUAGUAAAUUUCAGCUGAAUGGAUUUUGCUGUGUGCAACACAAAAAGAAGUUCUAUGAAGUUUCCAAUUCAAAUUCAACUCCUGCUAUUUCUCACAGUGAUACUACUAGUAAGCUAUGCAAGUCUCCUAUGCAUGAUGAACCUCCAGGUGAAGUAACCAAUCAGUCGAUUAGACGACGUUCUUCCCAGUUACGUCUUACUCAACGAUCACAGUCUUCUGAUCCUGAUAGAAUAGACGAUAAGGAAACUUUUCAAGAUGUGAUAAAGGAUGGCAAGAAGAGCUCAUCACCAAGUGGUGGUGGUCAAAACUCUUCCAAAUCACAGAAAGAUCAGUAUCCCGAUGGAAUUUGUAGUCCAGAAUCCACUUCAUCAGAUUGCUCAAAUCCGAAACGAGUUAAAAUGGAUGAAUGUGGUGGUGAAACUGUUCAAUCAGAACAAGUACCGGCCAAAGCAAUGGAGAAGGUUGAAAAUACCGAUCCAAAGAUGCAUGAAUCGCCUGUUGUGAUGAACCAAGCAGACAAUAUUUCUUCAUUACCUGUAAAUCAAGAAAAAGCUGUUGAAGACAAUUUGUUGUGUCCCCUUGGUCCACUGUCUGACGUAUCAACAAAUGAUCAUGGCGAUAAAGUAUGUGAUAAAAAUACUGCAGACUACUACAACACAACAAGUCCGCCUAAUCCGCCAUCUGUUACAACCCUUGAAUUCUGUAAACAGCCGCCUCAACCGAUUAUUGUUUCAUCGCCUAUGCCCACUACUAUUUCUUCUUCUUCUUCGGAUGUCACUUAUGCAGCUGCCCAACUGACAGAAAAACAACCCCCAAGAGUUAAUCAACAGAAUACAGUGAGAAGACGUAAGAGAUCUAACAAAAACACAACACCUCAGUCGACUUCGUCUACAACAACAGUGCCAAACAAUCAUUUGGCUGUGACUGCUGAUGGCAGUAGUGGGACAGUGGUAGCCUUAUCACAGAAUUCCACUACUUCUCUCUUUACUCAGGACAAUUUGCCUUUAGUGAUCCCCCGUCGUCCUUUAUCUCUACGUGGUCUUGGAAUUUCAUGUAAUUCAAGGAAUAGUUCAAUUCUGAAUAACACAGCUAGCAGUUAUAUUGAUUCACCGGGUACAAUGUACACAAAUGGCAUUCCAAUUUCCAGUAAGGGUGAUAAUCCUCCAUCCUUACCGCCUACACUGUCAACAAUGCAUGAUCUGCUGGAAUGGCAAUGGGAUCAAGCUGGAAGUUUGUUGAUGCAACAAGCAAAGAAUACUGAUGUUGUCACCUUGUUGGAUUGUCUUCAUCAGUUGAAAUGUGAAAAUGAUAUUCUUGAAGCGAAAUUAGUCCGUCUUACAACUAGACAUGAACACUUGAGAUCUGUAAAUGCUCGUUUAUCAAAUUCAUUGGCUACGAUGGAGGCGACAAUGGUAAUCAAUUCACCUAAACAUGAAAUAUCUGAACAAAAUUCCAGUGGGAUUUCAAAUCUUUCAAAAAAGACAAAUAAUCAUUCUUCUCAAUUACUUGAUACUAAUAUCGUUGCUCAGGAUUCACAUUUAUCCUCAGUGUUACAUGCCGGUGUUGAUCGAGAAUCUCAGCAGAACCAACUGACGGAGAGUUUAACUAAGGGUUAUUCACGUCAUCCAGUCACUGUUUCCAACAACACGGAUCAACUUAUGGCCGCGAAGUUUUCGCAUACAGUAAAUAAGAAAGUACCAAUUCUACCGAAAGAUCCUACUACAACUGGCCUUACCACUGGUGGUGGUGGUGGUAUGAAACGUAAUUCAACAAGUCUUACAGAUAACCUCAACUCAUUCGAUAAACUUCCUUCAACGCCAUCAGCAUCAUCAUCAGCAUCUUUAUUAACGCAGAAUCAGCCGCCAGUAGUCUUUUGUAUUUCACCUGAUCUCUCAAAAUCUACGCAUGAUCAUUCACAACCGAUUUAUUCAAGUUUAAUUAAACAUCAACCACAAAUUCUUCCUAAUGAUUUAUCUACUACUAAUACUACUACUAUACAGCAUACAAACCAGCCAAGUGCAAAUCUAGGCUUUGUUCCAAAUUCAUGUGCUGUAGUAUUACCAAAUACCGCCGGCUCAGCAUAUUUUACCAAAACUGUUGAUCUCAAUGAUUUGCAAGAAAUAAGUGCUCGUUUGAGUUCAGCAAUAGCUGCUAGACAACCUCAACCUCCGAAGACUUCUAACAACUCCACUACUCCUCAACCGUGUCCUGUUUUGCCGAAAAAUGCUCAUUCUGGUAAGAGAAACACUAAGACUGUACACAGCCAACCAACGUCCUCAUCUUCUUCAAGCAAAUUACCUUUACUUGCACAAGCUUCUAUGAGUUCCCCUGUCACCACCACCAGCAUGCCAAAAGUGGACACAGGGACCACCAGCAACAGUCAGAAUUAUUGUCUUGCAAAUUUAAUUAAUACUCAACCUUCUCUAGCUGUUGAUUUUAACAAGACACCGUAUCAUACAGAUCCAAAUACACUACAGUUACAGAAGAAUUCUUUAGAAAAUUAUGCAAUUGUUGUCAGUAAUAAUAGAACUGCCUCCAACCAAUUCAACAAUUGUGAACCGACGGUGACAGUUACCACUAAUAAUAAUGCCACGAACUCAUUGAAUUUAUCCUCGUCAUCAUCUUCGUGAAGUGUGUGAAUGUUGUUUGUUGUAAGUAAGACACAGUUCUCUUCAACCUCUGUAAACGGUUUCUUUGAAAUACUUUUAUAUAUCGACAUUCACACGCACACAAACGCACUGGUGGAUUAUUAAUUUCUUUGUGUUGUUUAUUGUACUCCAUCUAGGCAUGUUUUCACAAUACUUUUAUUUCUCGUUUAAACCGCGGAUUCCCCUUUAUCCGUACAACUAAUUAACUGUCUAACUAACUAACCUACUAACUAAGUGGCCAAUUCUGCUUUUUCCAUCCUUGUUAGUUUUUUAUUAACACCUACACUGACUCACAUCAGAUAUUUGUUAGUCUGUUUCAAUUCUUGUUUAUUUCUUUAUUUAUUUAGUGAUGGUAGUGUAGGAGUUGGAGGUAAACGUACCAGGGUGUAGGAAUUUUCUCACUUCCUCCUCGUAGCAUUGUUUUUCUGUCUCUCUCUCUCUCUAUUAGGAUGUUUAUUUGAAAGAUAAGAGAAAUUAUUUAUUUAUUUUCCUCUUUUUUCAAUUAUUUAUUUAUCAUUAUUUAUCGAUUUUGGUGUGGUGAGGUGUGGUGUGAGUAACUUUCUAUUUGGCAGCCAUUAUACUAUUAUUAUUAUUAUUAUUAUUAUUAUUAUUAUUAUUAUCACUAUUAAUACUAAUACUACGAGUAGCCGUUAGAUAGGUUGUAUUCUAUUAUACAUUUUAAUUUUUUGAUAAAUUUUUAACUCUAUCGCUUUUUUUCUAUUUUUGGUUCUAUUUUACUCUAGCGUCGUAGUUAGGUGUCUUUUUCGUCUGUUAUAAUUGUCUAGAAUUUUAACCUUCUUUUCUUUUGUAUCUAUUGAACAUCUUGAAUAGGCUUCUUUAAUUGAAUAAAAGAAUUCUUAUGUUUUAAAUAGGAUUUUUCAAAUAUAUACAUAUAUAUAGAGAAAUUAUCGUGGUGUAUUUGGUAUGAUGCAUCCUAUACUCCUUGUGAUGAAAUGAUUAAAUAAGAAUCAAGCUGGACUUUAUUAUUAUUAUUAUUGUUAUUAUUAUUAUUAAAAUUUAUUUGUAAUAAUUCCUGUCUACUUCCUUUUUCGAUCUUUUAGUCUAAUCUCUUUACAAAACAAUUGUUAACAAGUGUUAUAUGUUAUUUUACAUAUAUGGGCACAAUUUUAAAAAAUUUAAACAUUUACAUAAUUAUAUGAAUUGUG